AUGGAAGAAAUUCUUAGUGAUCUUCAACCAUUCGAAAUUAUAAGUAAUGGUAAAGAUCUAAACACACCAACCGUCAAGUCUUCUGAUAGAUUUUACUUUAUUCAAUCAAAAAAAGCUUUUCAAAACUUAUUGCGUUCUGAAAAGAACAAUCAAAUAGGAAAACUAAUAUUUGAAAACUUCAAAUCAGAACACAAGCCUUCGAUCAACGCAGUAGAACCCUUAAAAACUUACUUUGCUCAAAAUUAUGACAAAAAUCGAACCAAAUUUCAACCAGGGCAAGAGCCAUAUAAAGGAAUCAAUGAGCAAAUUGAACAAAUUGGAGCGUAUCUACACCAAGAAAUUGAAUACGAACAAUCAAUUUUUACAAAUAUUUCAAUUCCUCACUACAACAAAAAAGACUUUCUUAAACACUCUAACUUGGAUGACAAAGACCCAGAUCCUGCUGAUAUUGUGACCUAUGUAGAAGAAGAUCCAAAGCCAAUCGAAAACGAACCUGAACAACAACAACAAACCACUUCAAUCCUGGUCCAAGAAACACCAAACGAAACAAAAGAGCAAACCAAAGAAAUACAAGAACAAACCAAAGAAACACAAGAACAAACCAAAGAAACACAAGAACAAACAGAAGAAAAACAAGAUGAAACAGAAGUUAAGCAAGAGCAAACCAAAGAAAUACAAGAAGAAACCAAAGAAACACAAGAACAAAUCAAAGAAACACAAGAACAAAUCAAAGAAACACAAGAACAAAUCAAAGAAACACAAGAACAAAUCAAAGAAACACAAGAUGAAACAGAAGUUAAGCAAGAGCAAACCAAAGAAAUACAAGAACAAACCAAAGAAACGCAAGAACAAACCAAAGAAACACAAGAACAAAUCAAAGAAACACAAGAACAAACCAAAGAAAUACAAGAACAAACCAAAGAAACACAAGAGCAAACCAAAGAAACACAAGAACAAACAGAAGAAAAACAAGAUGAAACAGAAGUUAAGCAAGAGCAAACCAAAGAAAUACAAGAAGAAACCAAAGAAACACAAGAAGAAACAGAAGUUAAGCAAGAAGAAACAGAAGUUAAACAAGAACAAACAGCGGAUAAACCAAAGAAGCCAAGCAAACCAACUCAAAAGAAAUCAGGUCAAACAUCUAAAUCAGGUCAAAAGAAAUCAGGUCAAACAUCUAAAUCAGGUCAAAAAUCUAAAUCAGGUCAAAAACCUAAACAAAAGAAAGACAAUUUUCUCCAGCAAAUGCUUGCUUCAGGGGGUACUCGCAAGUGA